AUGUCUAACUCCGAGUAUUCGCAAACAUUGCAGCAUAUCACCGACGCCAAGCUUGAAGAACUCUCCAACAAGCGCCAAAUCUUUCUGAAGCGCAAGCAAUCUGCUUUGGAGGCAGCAAAGUUCUCGGAAUCUCCGGUCGACAAGGUACGGGCUCUCGGCGAUGGAGUAAAGUCUUGCUUCAAUAUAAGCGUCAAGGACGGACGCGUCGUCCACAGCUCGAGCGAUCAGAGCCAGCUCGAGGUUGCCCUCUCGAAUCUCGAUCGCUUCCUCAAACAGGCCGAAUAUGAUCCUGCAAUCUCGCAGGAUACUGUAGAGCGGUGGCACCAGUCGCUUCUGAGUCACCUCGACAUUCAGACUCUCAAGUAUGAGUACGCCACACUGUUCGCCCAGCUCACAAUGGAGUGGCUGUCGGUCAAGAAGAAUCGGAGCUCGGGGACGCCUGCCGUAUCGAAGGACGACUUUGAACAGCUCGCAAGUGCUGCCAAGCUGGAAUCGAGGAAGGAAUGGGAAGAGUUUGUUUUCGCCCCCGCUGGCCAAGACGGCGAGACGGUCAAGGCGUUCCUCAAUGACCUCUUUUCGGGCGUAGGACAGUCAGAACCGGUCGAAGUGACUGACAAAGAGCGGAAUACGGAAAAGACGCUGCGAUCGCUUCGCGACAGAGUGACGGCGUUUGAAUCCAGCUUCACCAGGGCCUCCUUUGAUGUUGGCAUUUUAAACUGGGUGAUCAACGGUCUCCUGCACUCCGAUUUGGUGACCGAUAAACAACGCGCUGUCUUACGAGACUUUCGGAACGAUAAAACCGUCCUUACUGAACUGGCGGACGUGCUCAAUAUGCGAAUGGCAGGUCUCCAUGCAUGGACCUGGGGACCCUCUGUAGCGGUCGAACAGAGACGCCAAAUGAACGGAACGUACCAAAUCUACAUGCACGAAGACCUCAUCCAGGCCAUAUUUUUGCAGUACAUCGGCGUUAAGUGGUCAGUGUUCUUCAAAUCCGCGUUGCAGGAUUUCAGAAAGACAAAGGGCUAUUGGAAGUCGCUGCGGUCGACUGUCCCAGUGAUCGACAAGAAGCGACGUGACUUCUUCCUCGAGAAACGCGGGGACAAGCCCAGCCUGCAAAUCAUAAAGGAAGCAAUUCAUCGACGAGCGUACUUUGUCUCGCAACUCCUUGACAACGAGUACCAAAUCAGGAAACAGGAGGAAGGCGAGGAAGAAGCUAAUUACGCUCCCUCACAAGGACCAGCACACCGGUCGCUACAGAAGAAACGAUCGAUGAAGGCCGCCUCUUUUGUCGACGUCGAGGCGGCUAUGGAAGACCAAUUUGAGGAGGAGGAAGAGUCCGACGAGGAUAUGGGAUUUGGACUGUUCGACGGCGACGAUGGUAAUUUCGAUCCCGAUCUCACCUACGAUGAUCACAGGGCCGGGAAUGUCAAGACGCCUGCCAACCAAAUGCAGGCAAAGCAGAAUCUGCUGCUUCUGCUGAGCGCGGACACGAUCAUCAACAAACGGCUCCAUGGCGAAAUUACAUGUUUUCGAGCUCAGUACGAGUCGCUGUACCCGAGUCUACCGCACCCGACUAUCCUCGCUGUCCUCCAGUUCCUUGGUGUAUCGGAGAAGUGGCUGACAUUCUUUGAAAAGUUCUUGACGGCUCCGUUGAGGUUCACUGAUGAACCUGACACCGAACCGCGUACGCGCCAGCGGGGUACUCCAGGAUCGCACGUGCUCAGCGAGGUGUUUGGGGAAGUAACUCUGUUCUGCCUCGACUUCAUGAUCAACAAAGAGUGUAAUGGCGAGAUACUCUGGAGAGUAAACGACGAUAUGUGGUUCUGGUCACACGAGCAGCAGACGUGCGUUGCAGCGUGGCAAGCUAUCCAACGAUUCAACAAGACCAUGGGUAUUUCGGUGAGCGCAGACAAGAGUGGCGGCGCACAUAUCAAAGCGCAGCCUGCCCAGAAGUCGACACUCCACUCGUCCCUACCCAGCGGCAAGAUUCGAUGGGGCAUGCUCUACCUUAAUUCCGGAACCGGCCGGUUCGAGAUCGACCAGGAGAUGGUCGACGACCACAUCAAGGAAAUGCAGCGCCAGCUUGACGAUAAGCAAGGCAGUGUCUUUGGCUGGAUUCAGGCCUGGAACUCCUACGCCUCGACAUUCUUCACGUACAACUUUGGCAAGCCCGCAAAUUGCUUCGGCCAAGCGCACGUGGACAUGAUGUUGCGAACUCACGAGCGUAUCCAGCGGGAGGUAUUCUCGCUCGGCCCCGACGGCGGUAAAGGGGAGAGCAGCGUGAUCACAUACCUGCGUGACACCAUCCGGUCUCGCUUUGGAACGGAGAACAUCCCCGAUGGCUACUUUUUCCUCCCCAUCGACCUCGGCGGCCUCGAGCUAUCCAGCCCAUUUAUCAACCUCGUUAGCCUCCACGACUCUGUGGUCGCAGACCCAAACACACUCCUCGAUGAGUUUCUCGAAGCCGAGCAAAGCGCUUACGCUUCGUUGAAGCGCCGCUACUCUAACACGGACAAAGACCGCCUCGCAGCGAAACAAUCCUUCCGACCUGACGACAUGGACACAUUCAUGUCAUUCGAGGAGUACACGCGCCACCGCGAACUCCUCGACUACGGGUUCGCAAAACAACUCGUCUCAAUCUACGACCAGCUGCUUAAACGCCCAAAGCCCGAAGAUAUCGAGCAGGAUGUCUCAGGUCCCGUCACGCUCGGCCUUAGCCAGCUCCAAUCGCAGACUAAUCUAUCUGGGAUCAAGUCGCCGUGGCGGCACAUGUCGUCGUACUGGAAGUGGAUUGCGCAGCUGUAUGGGCCUGAGCUCGUGGAGCGGUUUGGAGGGUUCAAUGUGGUCGACCCGGGAUUGUUGCCCAUUGGGCUGGUUAGUCAGUUCCGCAGUGGGAGGGUGAAUUGGGCGGAGAAAUAA